GGCCGGCGGUCGUUGGUUCGCUGCUUCCGUGUCUUCGUCACCAGGCGCCGCUGUGACAGGAGCCGAGCCGGCCAGAAGGCAGGCGCCUGCCUCGUUCUCCUCCUCCUCCUCCGCCGUCGCCCCGCAGCCAUGGCCGGCCUCGGGCCUCCGGGAGCGGCCUGGCAGAAGGAGCUGGUCUACAACAAGCUGCUGCCCUACGGCGAGCGCCUGGAGGCCGAGGCGGGCCUGCUCUUGGCGCAAAUCAAGCUCAGCCUCGGCCGGGCCGUGCAGCUGCAGGAGCUCUGGCCCGGAGGCCUCUUCUGGACCAGGAAGCUCUCCACGUAUCUCCGACUCUAUGGGAGAAAGUUUAGCAAAGAAGAUCAUGUCCUUUUUAUCAAGCUCUUAUAUGAACUUGUAACUAUUCCAAAGUUGGAGAUCAGCAUGAUGCAAGGUUUUGCACGUCUUUUGAUCAACUUGUUGAAAAAAAAAGAACUUCUUUCAAGGGAAGAUUUAGAAUUACCAUGGAGGCCACUUUAUGAAAUGCUAGAACGAAUUUUGUACUCUAAGACAGAACAUCUUGGAUUAAAUUGGUUUCCAAAUUCAUGUCGACCAGGUCUAUCUUCACCUAAAACAUUUGUGCUUAAUGUUUUACAUAGGUGCUCUGUAGAAAGUGUUUUGAAAACUCUUGUGAAAAACUGUCGACCUUAUUUUCCAGAAAAUGCUACAGCAGAGAUGUUAGAUGAAUGGCGACCAUUAAUGUGUCCCUUUGAUGUUACUAUGCAGAAGGCCAUCACUUACUUUGAACUGUUUCUGCCAACCACGCUUCCUCCAGAACUUCAUGAUAAGGGUUUUAAGCUCUGGUUUGAUGAGUUUCUAAGUCUUUGGGUUUCAGUUCAAAAUCUUCCGCAGUGGGAAGGGCAUCUAGUCAAUCUUUUUGCUCGCUUGGCCAGUGACAACAUAGGUUACAUCAACUGGGAUCCUUAUAUUCCAAAGAUAUUUACCAGAAUUCUCCGAAGUUUGAAUCUUCCAGUAGGAAGCAAUCAAGUGUUGGUUCCACGAUUCCUGACGAAUGCAUAUGACAUAGGGCAUGCAGUCAUGUGGAUCACAGCCAUGAUGGGUGGACCAAGCAAACUUGUACAGAAGCACUUGUCUGGAUUAUUCAAAAGCAUUGCCUCUUUUUACCACCCAUCAAAUAAUGGACGCUGGUUGAACAAGCUAAUGAAGCUACUUCAACGGCUGCCCAGUAGUGUUGUCAGAAGAUUGCAUCGUGAGCGUUAUAAGAAAAUGACUUGGCUUACUCCUGUGCCUGAUAGCCAUAAACUUACUGAUCAGGACAUAACAGACUUUGUAGAAUGUAUUAUUCAGCCUGUCCUUCUGGCCAUGUUCAGCAAAACUGGAAGCCUAGAGGCAGCCCAAGCACUUCAGAACCUUGCACUAAUGCGUCCUGAGUUAGUAAUCCCACCAGUACUUGAAAAAACUUACCCUGCACUGGAGACAUUAACAGAACCUCAUCAACUCACGGCCACCUUAAGCUGUGUAAUUGGAGUCGCUCGCAGCCUGGUAUCUGGGGGCAAGUCAUUUCCUGAAGGUCCGACGCACAUGUUGCCUCUGUUGAUGAGAGCGUUGCCUGGUGUAGAUCCAAAUGACUUUAGCAAAUGCAUGAUCACAUUCCAGUUUAUCGCAACCUUUUCGACUCUUGUGCCUUUAGUAGAUUGCUCAUCUGUAUUACAAGAAAGAAAUGAUCUCACAGAGGUGGAAAGAGAACUGUGCUCUGCUACUGCUGAAUUUGAAGAUUUUGUAUUGCAGUUUAUGGACAGGUGUUUUGGGCUCAUAGAAAGCAGCACAUUGGAGCAAACAAGAGAGGAGACUGAAACUGAAAAGAUGACUCAUUUGGAGAGUUUAGUGGAGUUAGGCCUGUCAUCCACUUUCAGCACAAUCCUCACACAGUGUUCAAAAGAUAUAUUCAAGGUUGCCUUGGAGAAGGUUUUCAAUUUUGCUGUUUCCAAUAUAUUUGAGACAAGAGUGGCAGGUCGAAUGGUCGCCGACAUGUGCCGAGCUGCUGUGAAAUGCUGCCCCGAGGAGUCUUUGAAGCUCUUUGUACCCCAUUGCUGCAGUGUAAUCACACAUCUUACUCUCAAUGAUGAUGUAUUGCGUGAUGAAGAAUUAGAUAAAGAGCUGCUCUGGAACCUUCAGCUUUUGUCAGAGAUUACUCGUGUGGAUGGGAAGAAGUUGCUGCCAUACAAGGAGCAGCUUUUGAAGAUUCUGCAGCGAUCCCUCCAUUUAACCUGUAAGCAGGGUUACAUUCUGUCUUGUAACCUACUGCACCAUCUUCUUCGUUCUACUACACUUAUCUACCCCACAGAAUACUGCAGUGUGCCAGGUGGCUUUGACAAGCCUCUUUCUGAAUACUUUCCUAUCAAGGAUUGGGGUAAACCUGGUGACUUACGGAACCUUAACAUUCAGUGGCAUGUUCCAUCAGCAGAGGAAACAGCUUUUGCUUUUGAGCUGCUGGAUUCUUUUCUCCAGCCAGAGCUUGACAAAUUAUCACACUAUGCUGAUGGAUCUCUUGAAAUGUCCAGAGAUGAUGUGCAGCAGUGUCUUACAAUAGUACACAAUUGCCUGAUUGGUUCGGGAAACAUUCUUCCAGCCCUGAAAGGAGAAAGAGUAACUCACCUGGUUCCAAGUCUAGUGUCUUUAGAAGAGGUCAAACUUUAUACUGGCGUUGAUUACGAUGUAUCAAGAAAGAAUUACCGAGAAACAAUCAGCAGGGUCACAAGAAAGCUUCUGCAUUAUGUACUCGAGAACUCAGAGGAUGAUACCAAGUCUUUGUUCCUCAUCAUAAAGAUCAUUGGUGACCUUUUACAUUUCCAAGGGUCACACAAGCAUGAAUUUGAUUCACGGUGGAAAAGCUUUAACUUGGUGAAGAAAUCAAUGGAGAACAAGCUUCAAGGCAAGAAACAGCAUAUCAGAGCAUUGCUAAUUGAUCGAGUCAUGUUGCAGCAUGAGCUAAGAACACUCACCGUUGAAGGUUGUGAAUAUAAAAAUGUACAUCAGGACUUGAUUAGGGAUCUCCUGCGUUUAUCCACAAGUUCAUAUGGCCAGGUUAGAAACAAAGCUCAGCAGGCUUUCUUCACUGCCCUGGGAACUUACAACUUCUGUUGCAGAGACAUAAUUCCUCUGGUUAUGGAGUUUUUGCGGCCUGAUGGACGUGAUGUCACUCAGCAACAAUUUAAAGGUGCCAUGUAUUGCCUUCUUGGAAACCACAGCGGUGUGUGUCUAGCCAAUCUUCAUGACUGGGACUGCAUUGUUCAAACCUGGCCUGCAAUUGUGUCUUCUGGACUUAGCAAAGCAAUGUCUCUGGAAAAACCAUCCAUAGUUAGAUUGUUCGAUGACCUUGCAGAGAAGAUCCAUCGGCAGUAUGAAACCAUAGGCCUGGACUUCACAGUUCCAGAGAAAUGUGUGGAGGUUGCUGUUCUCAUGCAGAAAUCCAACAGUCUGCACAAUGGCUGGACAGGCCUUAGUUCGGAAGAGCUUCAGUUAGGAAUUCAGAGACAAAAAGAAAGAAAUGCUGAAUCCUCCCAAAAUUAUGAAAACUUGAUAAACAAGCUCUUAGAUUGUGUGGAUCAAAGAAAUCUACCCUGGAAGUUUGAACACAUUGGCAUUGGUUUUCUGUCCCUCCUCUUAAGAGACGACAGGGUGUUGCCUGUGAGAGCCAUAAAAUUCUUUGUGGAAUGUCUCAAUCAUGAUGCACUCGUUGUUCGCAAGAUGGCAAUCUCUGCUGUGGCUGGCAUCCUUAAGCAGUUGAAGAGAUCUCACAAAAAGAUAUCCAUCUGUCCCUUCCAAAUCAGUGGAGCCCCUCAGUCUCCUUCUAUCCAGGCUGGUGACAGACCUGACAACCAGUGGCUGCAUUAUGACAGUGCCAAUUUACCAAAGACGAAAGAGGCUUGGGAGGUCUGCCAUUUUGUGGAAAAAACACACUGGGGAUACUACACCUGGCCUCAAAAUAUGGAAAUUUAUGCUUCAGCAGAAGAGCAACCAAAGCUUGGGAGGAGUAGAAAGGAGCUUUCAGAGGCAGAACAAGUCAUAUAUGAUCAUUUUUGUGAUCCAAAAUUUGUUGAGCAGUUAAUCAAGUUUCUUUCCUUAGAAGACAGAAAAGGAAAAGAUAAAUUCAAUCCCCGCAGAUUUUGCCUCUUCAAGGGCUUGUUCAGAAACUUCGAUGAUGCUUUUCUGCCUGUGCUGAAACCCCACUUGGAACGACUUGCUGCAGAUUCCCAUGAAAGUACCCAGCGAUGUGUAGCUGAAAUUGUAGCUGGUUUGAUAAGAGGGUCCAAACACUGGACAUUUGACAAGGUGGAGAACCUCUGGAAGGUUCUUUGCCCACUUCUAAGAACAGCUUUAUCCAACAUUACAGUGGAGACCUACAAUGACUGGGGGACAUGUAUAGCAACAUCGUGUGAGAGCAGAGACCCCCGGAAGCUGCACUGGUUGUUUGAGUUGUUGUUGGAGUCCCCACUGAGUGGUGAAGGAGGGUCAUUUGUCGAUGCAUGCCGCCUGUAUGUGCUCCAAGGGGGCCUUGCACAGCAAGAAUGGAGAGUCCCAGAAUUGCUGCACAGAUUGCUGAAGUACUUGGAACCUAAACUCACCCAGGUUUACAAAAAUGUCAGAGAGAGGAUAGGAAGUGUUUUGACAUACAUCUUCAUGAUAGAUGUUUCCUUACCAAAUACUGCUCCAACGAAGUCUCCUCAUGUCCAUGAAUUCACUUCCCGAAUACUUGAAAAACUCAAACCCCUUAUGGAAGUGGAUGAAGAAAUCCAGAAUCAUGUUAUGGAAGAGAAUGGCAUUGGAGAUGAAGAUGAGCGAACUCAGGGCAUUAAACUCUUGAAAACCAUCCUGAAGUGGUUGAUGGCAAGUGCAGGGAGAGCCUUCUCCACAGCUGUGACAGAACAACUCCAGCUUUUGCCAUUGUUUUUCAAGAUUGCACCUGUAGAAAACGAUAAUAGCUACGAUGAAUUGAAGAGAGAUGCUAAAAUGUGUUUAUCAUUAAUGUCUCAGGGAUUGCUGUAUCCCCAACAAGUGCCUUUGGUACUUCAGGUGCUAAAACAAACAGCAAAGAAUAGUUCCUGGCAUGCUAGGUACACAGUGCUAACCUACCUCCAAACCAUGGUAUUUUAUAAUUUUUUUAUUUUCCUAAACAAUGAAGAAGCAGUAGAUGACAUCAGAUGGCUGGUUAUAAAACUACUGGAAGAUGAACAGCUUGAGGUGAGAGAGAUGGCCGCCACCACACUGAGUGGUCUCCUCCAGUGCCACUUCCUGGCAAUUGAUGAUGCCGUGCAGACUCACUUCGAGCAGCUCUGUAAGAGAAGGCUCCCAAAGAAGAGGAAGCGAGACCUCAGCACAAUAGUGGAUACCAUUCCCCCAGCAGACCUGGUUAAGCGUCAUGCUGGUGUGCUUGGGCUCAGUGCGUGUAUUUUGUCUAGCCCUUACGAUGUUCCCACCUGGAUGCCUCAGCUUUUGAUGGAUCUUAGCGCACAUUUGAAUGAUCCUCAGCCUAUUGAGAUGACAGUAAAGAAAACUUUGUCCAACUUUCGGAGAACUCACCAUGAUAACUGGCAGGAGCACAAGCAACAGUUCACGGAUGACCAGCUGCUCGUCCUUACCGAUCUCUUGGUCUCGCCAUGCUAUUAUGCAUGAUGCGGUCCCGAGAAAAAAAAAGAGGGCUUACUACCAUUUCUGCAGAAAUAAAGGAGACUCAAAACUUAUUUAUUGUCUAGUGAACCCUUUUGGAUUUGGUAACUGAGGAUUAAGGCUGGAAUCCUAUUUUUAAAAAACUAUAUAUGUUAAGAAUUUAUGGGGAUGACUCAUGAGAAUUUCUGUACCUGAGGAGAGAGGCUGUACCAGUGUGACAAGUCUCCGUGCUUGACGGCCCAAUCAUGAUUUUGUUUUCAGACCUUCAUGCAAAAUGCCUUGUGUUAACAUAAAGGCCUACCUUUUUCCCUCCUCACGUACAAUGGCUAAUGGUGCAAUUUCCCCCUUCCUCACUUGUUACACAAAUGGACCUUUGAACAUAGUAAGAUCUACAAUGUUGGUGCCCAGAUUCUUCAUCUGAUCUUUUACAGCUGUGUGCAUCCAUGAGCUGCUGACCACUUGCUUCUGAGAACAGGCCAGAAAUGUAACAUUUCUCAGCUUUUAGAAAAUGACUUCUGCCUUUGUUUUCAAUUUCCAUGCAAUAUCAGGCUAUGCAGAAUUUUGAGCUGGAUUCCUUUUUAAGUCUUGUCCUUUGAGAAAAUGUCUUUAUUUCUUGUUGUUGUUGUCAAAACCAAUAUGGUAGAGAGGUAUACUUUCUAUUGCCAGGUUUUUUAGUAGUCUUUUCCCGUCUUUGUAGGUGGCAGUUUGAUUUUUCCCCCCAGUGUGACAGAACCUAUGGAUAGCAGUGUCUCUUUGCUGUCGUUUUAUUUCAGAGGUCAAAGAGUUUGUACAUAUGUUAAUAUUGAAUGGCUGAACACUUUUUAAAUCAAAUGUUCACUGUUUGCUAGUCCCCUGUCUUUCAAUUCACUCCACCUUCCCAUGCUAGAAUAAGUAUUUAACUUGCAUUUUUAAAAAGAUAAAAGUACUGUAUCUCCUUCCCUUCCCUUCCCUUUCAAAGUCUUUUUUGGUCUGCAACUCUGGUGGGCUACCAGCUGUCUAAUUCACAGUAUGUUCAAUAUGUGUGUUACAUAGAUGUAAAGGAUUGUAUAAAUUGUAGAGGCACUGCACUGGCAAAGCACUGUACAGGAUUUUUUUUUUUUGCGGGGUGGGUGGGUAAUCAUAUAAUCCAUUUGUGAGAUUAACUUGUAAAGAAUCACACACUUAGGUGUAACUCUAGUGCUUUCAGCUUUUGUAUCUGAUACAAACGCCAAUUUCUUCUAGUUUUUAUUAUCCCUCAUUCCCAUUAAUAAGGUAAAUUACCUUUAUCAGGUAACUUUAGUUUAAGACUUGAUUUUUAUUUUAUUAGUGAGUAUGUUGAUUUUUUUUAUCAUUUUCUGUCCCCUCCUUUUUGGAUGCAAGCAAUGACAUAUUCUGAUGUGUGGUAAAUUAUAGAGUGCAAGAAUACCUCCUCCUCUGUUGAAGGGGGGGGGGGGAAAUCUGAGAAUUGUGUGUUGUUCAUCUUUUUGCACAUCCUGUACUUUUUUUUUCCUUUGCAAAAACAGGAAUGUAAUUCCUCUUUCAAUCACCGGCCUGCUGGAAAAAACAAUACCGAGUUUUUAAAGCACAGCAGCACAGAAUCUCCUGAGAGCUGACAUGAAGAAAUAAGUAAUGUAUAGUGUAGUGCCAAAAUGCCUCCUCCUUUCAGUUGUGUACCUAGUUGAAAGCUGAAUAAAUGAGUUGUUUGUAAGA